CUGAACGCAGCUCUGAACUGGUGUCCUGAGAGAGCCUCUGUAUUCAGCCUCCGCUCUCCUGUUUUCUCUUCGCAGGCUGAAAUCGUGAAGAGGUUAAACGGGAUCUGUGCUCAAGUCCUCCCCUAUCUGUCACAAGAGCACCAGCAGCAGGUCCUGGGCGCAAUCGAACGUGCCAAACAGGUGACCCCUCCAGAGAUGAACUCCAUCAUUCGGCAGCAGCUCCAGGCUCAUCAGCUCUCCCAGCUCCAGGGACUGGCCUUGCCGAUGACCCCCCUGCCCCUGGGCCUCACGCCCCCCUCCCUGCCCGCCGUCACCACCAGCUCCGGCCUCUUCUCCCUCUCCAGCAUCCUGGCCUCACAGGCACAGCUGGCCAAGGAGGAGAAGGCAGCGCGAGAGGGGGGAGACAACCACCGGGACGAGGAGGCUGAGAAGUCAGACUAGCACCGAGGGGGCAGGCGGGGCGGCUUUACUUCAGUUCAUUUCUCUUCUUGUCUGUCUUCUGUCUCAGUGAAUCCUUCACAGGCUCCCCCUUUUGAACACAUACAACAAACACAAUCACACAAACACUAGCAAUGAUUGGCAGGCAGGGCAACAAAGGAAUUUGUAUCUAGUUGUUUUUAAAGCUGGGUGACUCUACGCUGAGCCCCGGGGAGUUUCCUGAAAUCCUUAAACACAAUUAAGUAGGUUUUUGUGUGAAAAGUGACAAGCCGAACAGAAACUGAAAAUCAAAACUGACGUUGGGUAACUUCUUGAGUCCGAUCUCUCUCUCUCUCUCUCUCUCUCUCUCUCUCUCUCUCUCUCUCUCCUCUCUCUCUCUCUCUCUCUCUUCUUUCUCUCCCCGCAUUUGCAAGCUUUUAUCCUCUUUCAAGUGGGGGUGAGGGGCGGGUGGUUGUCAGGACGGGACGGGACGGGGCAGACAGGGUUAACGCUGUGGUUUCUCUGUUGUGAAUCGUUUUCUGAAUCCCAGCGGUCUGAGACAAAUUCGCUCGCAGGAGCAGGUGUCCCCCGGGCUGCCCGCCCCCUUCAACAUCACCACCAUUAACAAGAAGACUUUCAACUGCUAUCCAAGCGGCACUCCAGAGCAGCUACAGCAAUUAAAGACACAGGGAUUUGAAAAUGAAAUAGAAGAAAAACAUUUCAAUAAAUAACAAAACAUGACCACGUGCUCAAACAUCAAGGGUCUCGGUUCAGCAUGCCGAAUACCACCGCCUCUCUUCACCUCUGUAUCCCUCUAUCCCUCUCUCCCUCUUUCCACUGCUCUAUCCUGCUCUCCCUUUCUCCACCUCUAUCCCUCCAUCGCUCUCUCCAUCUCUAGCUCCUCUCCACCUCUUUCUCUCUGUAUCCCUCUAGCUCCACUUUCCACCACUCUAUCUUCACCUCUAGUCAUUUUACCUCUAGCUCCACUCUCCACCUCUCUCUCUCUCUCUCUCUCUCUGUCUCCACCUCUAGUCGUUUUAUUAAUCUUUAGCAGAAAUAUAAAAAGCUGAUUUUAUCUGUUCCUGAUCAGGAUAUUAUUUUUAUUUUUUUGAGGGGUGCCCCUCCUAGAUGCAAAGAGAAGUUGAAAACAAACAAUAGAAUAUACGUGUACAAUUAAAGGCAGCGUGAUUUUAGCCUCUUAUAUUUUAAACAAUAAAUAAAAAUUGCAGAGUAUACCAUUCUCAGAUAUUCAAACUGGCUUUGACAACAACAACAAUAAAUAAGGAUUGGAGCAUCUUCGCUUUACAAGCUUCGUAAUGUUCUUUGGUUUUUUUCUUUGGUUUUUUCAAUUCUCUUUUGUGUUGUCUGUAAAAUGUUAAGUGUGUAUUUGGCAGAUGUAUGUUUGUGUCAUGGAAACCAAUACUAUAGCUUGGUUUAAAAAAAAAAAAAUGUAAAGGUUUAAAAACAAGAAAACACAUCUACUAAAAAUGAAUGAGAAGUUUCAGCAGUAAGGAAGUAUUUAUGGUGCCUUACAAAUAAAAAAAUGGAAGGAGG